UGCUUUCCUCUCCGUUGAAUGGUGUCUUUCCAAACUUUGCUUCACACUAUGAAAAAGGUUGCAUGCUGCUGCUUGUGGGAAUAAAAACAGGUGAAAGAGUUCAACUGGAGAAUGGACAUUAUCUUUUUAAAAUCCAGAAAAAGGGAGAUUUGAAAUUGAUCCUUAAACAAUUAUAAUGACAAAAAAGCAGAUUCCAAGAUGAAAAGUUAUACGUGAAUGAAAAUUACAUACACACACCCACACACCUCAUCCAUCUAUAAAAGUAAAAGUUGGGUGGAGAGAAGAUGGAUGAGCUCUUGAACUUUAACAAGAAGUUCUAGAUUUUCAUCUAAAAUGGGAUGACAGACAGAACGAAGCAUCAAAGGGUGUGGCUAGCCUUUCUAGUCUUCAAUGGAUCUAUUUUCCUACUUUCUUGUUAUAUUUCUUCAAUUAACUCUUGUUUCCUGCCAACUUAAAGAGUUUGUCAGUAUAGACUGUGGAGGGAUUAGUAAUUACACAGAUCCAAGUACUGGACUAGCAUGGAUUUCUGAUACUGGAUUCACUACACAUGGUAAGGUGGUAAAAGUUGACACUCCAAAGGAUAACAUGCUACAGUAUCAGAGACGCAGAGACUUCCCAGCAGACAGGAAGAAGUACUGCUAUACUCUACAGACCACUGCAAGAAGACGGUAUCUUGUCCGAGCAACAUUUCAGUAUGGCGAUUCUAACAGUGAAGACUCAUACCCCAAAUUUCAGCUCUACUUGGAUUCUACCAUGUGGUCAACCAUAACAGUUUUGGAUUCUUCAAGAGUAUAUGUUGAAGAAAUAAUCAUCAGGGCAACCUCCACCUCUAUCCAUCUCUGUCUCUGUUGUGCAACAACAAGUUCUCCUUUCAUAUCGACUCUUGAGUUACGCCCUUUAAAUCUGUCAAUGUAUGCUACAGAUUACGAGGAUGAUUUCUUCCUCAAGGUUGCAGCCCGAGUUAAUUUUGGUGCUCUAAGCAAGGAUGCCAUUAGGUACCCAGAUGAUCCCUAUGACAGAAUAUGGGAUUCAGACCUAGAUAGAAGACAGAACUAUCUUGUGGGGGUUGCUCCUGGCACAGAAAGAAUCAAUACCUCCAAGAACAUAGACAUAAGAACACAUGAAUUCCCACCUGUUAAAGUAAUGCAGACUGCCGUAGUUGGCACCAGAGGGCAACUCAGCUACAGGUUAAAUCUUGAAGGUUUUCCUGCUAAUGCUCGAGCUUAUGCAUAUUUUGCUGAAAUUGAAGAUUUGGGUAAGAAUGACACUCGGAAAUUUACUAUGCAGCAACCUCGAGUGCCUGGUUAUAACAAUAUCAUAGUAAACAUUAUUGAGAAUGCCAAUGGGAGCAACACUCUUUAUGAACCCAGCUAUAUGAACAUAUCCCUGGAUUUUGUACUGUCAUUUUCACUUGUCAAAACUUUAGAUUCUACUCGUGGACCACUCCUAAAUGCAAUUGAAAUCAGUAAAUAUGUGCAGAUUGUCCCAAAGACAGAAAGCAAAGAUGCAAUAACUUUGGAUAUCCUACGAUCCUUGUCCCCUGGAAGUGAUUGGGCUCAUGUGGAAGGUGAUCCUUGUAAUCCAGCUCCAUGGGAAUGGGUUAUAUGCAGCUCCAGCACACCGCCAAGAAUUACUAAGCUUGCUCUCUCUGAAAAGAAUUUGAAGGGAAAAAUCCCAAAUGAGCUUAAGAACUUGGACAGUUUGACAGAAUUGUGGCUGGACGGUAACUCCUUCACUGGGCCAAUCCCUGACUUAAGUAACCUUAUCAACUUGACUAUUGUGCAUCUGGAGAACAAUGGACUGACUGGUACACUGCCUUCUUACCUGGCUGAUUUGCCAAGCUUAAAAGAAUUGUAUGUCCAGAACAAUUCUUUAAGUGGAGAAAUACCUCCAACAUUUCAUACUGGAAAAAUAGUAUUUAAGUAUGAUGGCAAUUCUCAGCUAGUUCAAAGGGGGCACCACAACAGGAAUUCUAAAUUGAUAAUUUGGGCUUCAAUUGGAGCAGUUUCAGUUUUUGCAGUUCUGCUCCUAGGAAGCUUAUUACUGUUAUGUAAUGCUCCAAGAAAGUCAUAUCAGGAGAAGAGUAAUAACAGAUGUAAUUCUGCACAUGUAAUAUCAAAGCGUUCAUCUUCCUACUCUCUUUUUCAUGGUGGAUCCCUGAUGGAUGAAGCUCUAGAUAUGGCUUACUAUAUCACACUCUCAGAUAUAGAAGAAGCUACUCAAAAUUUUUCAAAGAAAAUUGGGAAAGGAAGUUUUGGACCUGUCUAUUAUGGCAAGAUGAAAGAUGGAAAAGAAGUGGCAGUUAAGAUCUUGGCUGAUGCAUCUAGCCAUGGGAACCACCAGUUUGUCAAUGAGGUUGCUCUCCUGUCCCGUAUUCAUCAUAGAAACUUGGUUCCCUUGAUUGGAUACUGUGAAGAGGCUCAUCAACGAAUUCUGGUUUACGAGUAUAUGCACAAUGGAAGUCUACAGGAUCACAUUCAUGGUUCUGGUAAUCAGAAGUGUUUGGACUGGCUAUCUCGUCUUUCUAUUGCAGAAGAUGCAGCUAAAGGUCUUGAGUACUUACAUACUGGGUGCAACCCAAGUAUCAUUCACCGAGAUGUGAAGACAAGCAAUAUUCUCCUAGACAUCAAUAUGAGGGCAAAAGUGUCAGAUUUUGGACUUUCAAGACAAGCCGAUGAAAAUCUUACCCAUGUAUCAAGUGUUGCUUGUGGAACAGUGGGCUACCUUGAUCCUGAGUACUAUGCUAAUCAGCAGUUGACUGAAAAGAGUGAUGUUUAUAGUUUUGGAGUCGUUCUCUUGGAGCUGAUAUCUGGAAGAAAGCCUGUCUCAAUAGAAGAUUAUGGCACUGAAUGGAACAUUGUUCACUGGGCAAGGUCUUUAAUUCGUAAAGGGGAUGUGAUGAGCAUCAUGGAUCCCUUGCUAGCUGGCAAUAUCAAAAUUGAGUCCCUGUGGAGAAUUGCUGAAGUAGCAAUUCUAAGUGUUGAACCGCAUGGAGCUUGCAGGCCAAGGAUGCAAGAAGUAGUUUUGGCUAUUCAAGAUGCAAUUAAGAUUGAAAAAGAAAACCAAAGAACUUAUAAGGUAUGUUCAAGUUCAGGGACAAUGUGGUUUUCAGGUAAAAGCUUACCAUCUUGUUCUCUAGAUAUAGAUAGCUCUGACAUAUCAAAUGGUUGUGCUCUGCCAUCUGCAAGAUAAAUGUGUAGCACACAAACAACACUGAAUUGUAAAGGAAUUCUUCAAGGGAUUGAUUAUACUAUGUUUAUCUUAGUCUUCAAAACAGAUGUUUUCUUCCAAUAAAUGUGCAAUAUAGAAUGUAACUUUAACUUUUAACCUCAAAUGAAAAUAGAUUCUUCUUCUGCUAAACAAAGUAGGCAAUUAUGGUGAAGUAACAGAAGACAUACAUUUGUCUUGAGAACUAGUAGAGGCAUCCAAGUAUAGACGUUCUAUGAUCGAUUAAACCCAAUUUGCAGAAUGUGGUGGCUCAGGUAAGUUGGAAAAGCAGAUAAGUAAUUAACGGGUUUUGCUUGGCUCAGUGGAGAGGAUUUCUAUUUGAUGAGGGCGGAUUUGGCCCUCCAAUGAUAU